UUACUAGACAUUCUGAACCAAUAAUCUGAGAUAUUAAAUACCAGCUGUAGUUGAGCAAGUCGUGAUAACCUGUGUUGGUUGAUAAGGCUUAUCAGUCCUUUUGACACCGUUUAAGGUGAGACCGAGUGCACCGACUAACCAGUUUACUUUCCAUAGCCGUCGUGGUUGUAUUACCAUGGCUGGACGUUCGUUUUUCCUUGGCCUGCAGAUUGUGGCUCUGGUUGCCGGAGCACAUGGGGCAAACAUUCUUGGUCUAUUUGCCAGCCUCAGUCCAUCGCACUUAGUAAUUCAGAUGUCGAUGGCCCGAAUUCUGGCGGAGAGAAGGCACAACGUCACUGUUGUGACCGUCCUGAAACCGCCGUUUCUGCACAAGGAUAUUACGCACAUCCUUGUGCCAUUACAAAAGGAUGACCUUCAAGCCUUCAAUUCGGUUGUUGCUGGCUUAAGUAAAACAGACAAUAGCAACACAGUCGCGUCUAUGUUUCGGUCGGUUAGGCAAAUGAGCGAGGCGUUCUCCAAGAUGGGCAGCGUGAUGAAGCACCCGGUGGUCAAAAAUCUCUACGAGCACCCGGACAACAGGUUCGAUCUAGUCAUAGUGGGCUACUUCAUGAACAGUUUUCAACUGGCCCUAGCCCACAAGCUAAAGGUUCCUCUGGUGGUUGCCCUUUCGAACCCUCCCUCGUUCCUGGGUGGUGUUCUGGGAAAUCCCAACGAAGUCUCCUAUGUGCCAGCAAUGCACUUAACUGCCGAGUCUGGCACCCCCAUGAGCUUUGGAAAGCGUCUGGUUAACCUCUUGGGGAGCUUGGCGCAGCGGUUGUUUUUCCUAGUGAUUGAGUAUAGCAAUGCAAGGACGUACAGAGAGAUCUAUGGAGAAGAUCCUACUCUGCCCAGCUACGGAGACCUGAACAAAAACAUUUCACUCAUCUUCUUUGCCUCUCAUGGCAUAAGCGAGGGACCCAUCAGGCCCAACGUACCUGCUGUAAUCGAAGUCGGAGGAAUACAAGUCAAGGAUCAACCGGAUACUCUACCCCAAAAUAUGGAAGAGUUCCUGAAAGAGGCUCCACACGGAGCUAUACUUCUUAGCUUGGGCUCCAAUUUAAAAAAAGAAAAUCUUAAGCCCGAAACAGUGCAGAAAAUGUUUAAUGUCGUCUCAAAGCUGAAGCAAAAGGUCAUCUGGAAGUGGGAUGACCUGCAGAACUUCCCGGGAACGUCAAAGAAUAUACUCUACUCGGAGUGGGUGCCCCAGGACGACAUCCUAGCACACCCGAACAUUACGCUCUUCAUAACCCACGCGGGAAAAGGUGGCUUAACCGAGGCUCAGUAUCACGGUAAGCCCAUGCUCGCCCUGCCCGUUUUCGGGGAUCAGCCGUCAAAUGCCGAUGUCAUGGUGAAGCAAGGCUUUGGUCUCAUGCAAUCUCUCCUCACGCUGGAAGAAGACAGCUUUCAUCGUGGCAUUCAGGAGUUACUCGAGAAUCCGAAGUACUCCGAUGCUGUUCGGUCCUUCUCUAGUCUCUAUCGCGAUCGCCCAAGGAGUGCGCGGCAGACGUUCGUCUACUGGGUGGAAUACGUGAUCCGCUACCAUGGAGCGCCUCACCUUCAAAGUCCCGUGGUGCAUAUGAACUACAUAGAGGCCAAUAACCUAGAUAUUCAUGCUGUGCUUCUGGCGGCCAUUUCUGCUAUCUUCCUUAUUAUUAAAUUCGUUUUUCGGUUACUUGUUAAAAACCUGAAAGGCGGUUUAAGAAAGCCACAGGCCUUGCCGCGUAAUAAGUUAAAAAAGAAACAAAGCUAGUUUUCUAGUCCCGAAAGAUAUUUAAUAUACUAUCUAUUUUAUAUAAAUUAAAAAGUUCAAAAUAAUUUAAAGGAAAAGCAUUUCCUUUUGUUUUAUUUAAAAACUUUUCAAUGCCUACAUCUGACUACUUAUUUACAAUCGACUUUUCUCAAGAGGAUUUUAGAAGAGUCAAAUAACACCGACCGACUGUCCGACCGUCCAUUCACGCGUUAUAACAUUUGUAACAACUAACUAAGUAAAUAAUAUUAGGGUCCACGGACGACUUUGUGCUGUUUGUGGGCCCUAAAGUG